UCAUGCUUCCUGGCUUCACUCACAUGCACAGAGAAGGAAGAGCUGUAGAGUCUCAGCCACACAUGAAGCAGCUCUGUCUAUUUUAAACCACACCGGAUUGGACUCAGGAUAUUUUUAUAUCUCUCGCAGCGUGUGACAGAUUGUAUGUACAAAGUAGAGCCGAGUAGAGUUUCUCUAUCUUUUUUUUUAACCCUUUUAUUUUGGAUUUUUCUGGCUGUAAGCAAACGUGCGUGAGGCAGAGAGAGAGAGAGUGUGAGAGAGGGAUAGAGAGUGUGUAUGUUUGAGUUAGUCUGCAUGUGUGUGUGAGAGCGAGAUAGAGCACCAGGAUGAUUGCGGCCCAGCUACUAGCCUAUUACUUCACUGAGCUCAAGGAUGACCAGGUUAAAAAGAUCGAUAAGUACCUGUACUCCAUGCGUUUCUCUGAUGAGACGUUACUGGACAUCACGCAAAGGUUUCGGAGGGAGCUGGUCAAAGGGUUGGGUCGGGACACCAACCCCACUGCUUCACUAAAGAUGCUGCCAACGUUUGUUCGGUCAAUCCCCGAUGGCUCAGAGAAGGGAGACUUCAUUGCGUUGGAUCUGGGAGGCAGUAAUUUCAGGAUCCUCCGUGUCAGAGUGAGCCAUGAGAAGAAACAGACUGUUCAGAUGGAGAGUCAAAUCUAUGACACACCAGAGGACAUAAUUCAUGGCAGUGGAACAAGACUGUUCGACCAUGUGGCAGAGUGUCUCGGUGACUUCAUGGAAAAGCACAACAUCAAAGACAAGAAACUCCCAGUUGGUUUUACCUUCUCCUUCCCCUGCCAGCAGACCAAACUAGAUGAGGGCUAUCUGUUAACAUGGACAAAGCGUUUCAAGGCUGGUGGAGUGGAGGGGAUGGAUGUUGUCAAGCUGCUCAACAAAGCCAUUAAGAAACGAGGAGACUAUGAUGCUGACAUUAUGGCUGUAGUAAAUGACACGGUUGGAACGAUGAUGACCUGUGGUUUCGACGACCAACGCUGUGAAGUUGGCAUCAUCAUUGGCACAGGCACCAAUGCUUGCUACAUGGAGGAGCUGCGUCACAUUGACCUGGUGGAGGGAGACGAGGGCAGGAUGUGUGUGAACACAGAGUGGGGAGCCUUCGGAGACGACGGCAGGCUGGAAGACAUCAGGACAGAAUUUGACAGAGAGAUAGACAGAGGCUCUCUCAACCCCGGCAAACAGCUAUUUGAGAAGAUGGUCAGUGGUAUGUACAUGGGAGAACUGGUUCGUCUCAUCCUGGUGAAAAUGGCCAGAGAAGGCCUGCUGUUUGAGGGAAGGAUCACCCCUGAGCUGCUCACCAAAGGGAAGUUUGAGACCAAGCACAUCUCAGCCAUAGAGAAGAGUAAGGAAGGACUGAACAAAGCCAAAGAGAUUUUAAUCAGACUUGGUGUGGAGCCUUCUGCUGAUGACUGUAUUGCUGUGCAACACGUUUGCACCAUUGUGUCUUUCCGCUCUGCCAACCUGAUAGCUGCCACGCUGGCUGCCAUCCUAAUGAGGCUAAAGGAGAACAAGGGUGUGUCACGACUCCGAACCACUGUAGGCAUCGAUGGAUCUCUCUACAAGAUGCACCCACAGUAUGCCCGUCGUCUUCAUAAGACAGUCCGUCGUUUAGUCCCGGACUCUGAUGUCCGAUUCCUCCUCUCAGAGAGUGGCAGUGGAAAAGGUGCUGCCAUGGUGACGGCUGUGGCCUACCGACUCGCCGACCAAUCACGACAAAUCGCUGAAACACUGUCCGAAUUCCGCCUGACGACUGAGCAGCUGCUGGAGGUAAAGAAGCGAAUGAGGAUAGAGAUCGAAAAUGGCCUUUCGAGGAGCACUCAGGACUGUGCCACUGUCAAAAUGCUGCCAACCUUUGUACGAAGCACUCCUGAUGGCACAGAGCAUGGCGAUUUCCUGGCUUUGGAUUUAGGAGGAACCAACUUUAGAGUUCUGUUGGUCAAGAUUCGGUCUGGCAAGAGGAGAACAGUGGAGAUGCACAACAAGAUCUAUGCCAUUCCUCUUGAAGUGAUGCAGGGCACAGGAGAGGAGUUGUUUGAUCACAUUGUGCAGUGCAUCAGUGACUUCCUGGACUAUAUGGGGAUGAAGAAUGCUCGUCUUCCUCUGGGCUUCACCUUCUCGUUCCCCUGCCGACAGACCAGCCUGGAUGCUGGCAUCCUUGUGACAUGGACCAAAGGCUUUAAGGCAACAGACUGUGAAGGAGAAGAUGUGGUGGGACUGCUGAGGGAGGCCAUUAAGAGGAGAGAGGAAUUUGACCUGGAUGUAGUGGCAGUAGUCAACGAUACAGUGGGAACCAUGAUGACUUGUGCCUAUGAGGAACCCAGCUGUGAGGUUGGACUCAUUGCAGGUACCGGCAGCAAUGCGUGUUACAUGGAGGAGAUGAGGAACGUUGAGAUGAUCGAGGGAGAUGAGGGACGGAUGUGCGUCAACAUGGAAUGGGGGGCUUUCGGUGACAAUGGAUGCCUUGACGACAUUAGGACAGAGUACGACCGCGCUGUGGAUGACUUCUCGCUCAAUCCAGGCAAACAAAGAUAUGAGAAAAUGUGCAGCGGCAUGUACCUUGGUGAAAUUGUGCGAAACAUCCUCAUAGACAUGACCAAGAGAGGAUUCCUGUUCAGAGGGCAGAUUUCUGAGACGCUGAAGACCAGAGGCAUCUUUGAAACAAAGUUCCUCUCACAGAUAGAGAGUGACAGAUUGGCUUUGCUGCAAGUCAGAUCCAUCCUACAACACUUAGGACUGGACAGCACCUGUGACGACAGUAUCAUCGUCAAAGAGGUAUGUGGAACAGUGUCACAUCGUGCAGCUCAGCUGUGUGGGGCAGGAAUGGCGGCCGUAGUCGACAAGAUCAGAGAGAACCGAGGACUGGACCAUCUCAACGUCACUGUAGGGGUGGAUGGGACACUCUACAAACUGCAUCCACAUUUCUCUGGGAUCAUGCACCAGACAGUUAGUGAGCUGGCUCCUAAGUGUAAUGUCAACUUCUUGCUGUCAGAGGAUGGAAGUGGGAAAGGAGCUGCACUCAUCACAGCUGUGGGCUGCCGGCUGAGACAAGAGCUGAACAAUAAAUAGAAAAUAUCUCCCCUGUCUCUCCGUUUUUCCCCCACUUCUCUUGGUCCCUCCUCUACUCUUUCACUAUUUUCUCACCUUUUUCCUCCUUUUCGUCCUAAAUCAAACCAGUGCAGUCAGUGCAUCAGUAGCUGCUUUAGUCUAUGUGACAGAGAGAGAGAGAGAGAGAGAAAGAGAGAGAGAGAGAGAGAGAGAGAGAGAGAGAGAGAGAGAGAGCGCUCUGGUAUGUUAAGCAGCAGAGUCAGGCACUGUGUUGUAGUUAGAUUAUGUUUGAUUAACCAUUGUAACAAUAUCCAAAUUCUUAAGGUUUUUGCUAUUUUUUUUAUGUCUGAGGUUAAACUUAUCAUAGAGAUAAAACACGCACAUUCAACUCAUGAGAAAAUGUGCAGGACAGAACAAAAAAAAAAAACAAAAAAAAAACAAUAACAAAGACUUCACACUCCCCUGUAAUGCUCCUGUGUCGCCAUCUGGUGGAUUCCUCUGAUAACUAAAAUCUGUUGCAGUACA